AUGCAGAUCAACGCUGUUUUCACAACUGGCGCCUUCCUGGCAGUUGUCUCUGCAUACACACUCGAGCGAUCAUGCUCGCAAGACUUCUACCCUGAACGUAGAGCCUUUACACUUGCUACAACAUCAUCGGAGUCUAUGACAUUCGAGCUGUGUCGUGACUUUUGCAAAGGCAAAGGUGCCGACGCAUUUGGCCUCGAGUUCAGCAAGGAGUGUUACUGCGCUGCUCCUGGCGAGUAUGCUGCGCUCCGGGCGGCAUCGAACACUUGCUCUAAGCCAUGUUCUGGAAAUCCGACUACACUCUGUGGAGGAGAUAACGCAUUGCAAGUGUAUACCUUCGAGACUGCACCAGCUGCCACGUAUCUCGGGUGCGCAAGAGAUUACUUCCCUGACUCACGUGUCCUCACAGGUGUAUACUACCAAGAUGACGGAGACAACAGCAACGCUAAGUGCCAAGACUUUUGCUUCUCGAACGGCUAUCCUUUGGCAGGUACUGAAUUCGGGGACGAGUGCUUUUGUGGGUCUGCAUCGGACCGCAGCAACUUGGUUUGGGCGGACAACUGCGACGAAACAUGCACAUCUGGCAAUGGUAUUUGCGGUGGUGACAAUGCCAUAUCUAUCUGGACCAUGGAUGCGCAGGUGCCUCCGAUGAUCUCUUCGUCUGUGCCGCCCUAUGUGAGAUCCUCCUCCACAUCAGCUGCGUCUUCUUCUGCAGCAGUCGUACCAACGAUUGCUCCUGCUAGCACGACAGUCGAUGUUCGUUCCACGACAGCGAGCUCUUCGGCUGCUAUUUUACUUGCAUCAUCCUCGGCAGGUCAGUCUUCUUCUUCAGUUGCCGUCAGCUCAAAAGAGGCCACAACUUCGAUCGUAUCGACGUCCUUGGCUGCUCAGAUUACCACUUCUACUUCUGCCGCGAUCAGCACGAAGACCUCGACUACGUCUGCACUUGCAACGACGGCCCAAGCUAGUACACUCACUACGUCCACAAAAGCUGCGGCAACCAGUGCUGCCCCUGGCACCACCAAACUCUGCUUCGUGAGCUUCGAAAUCAAUGAGAUCUUCAAGGUCAUCUCCCUGGGCGGUGCCUUGCUCGACCUCUUAUCGGAUGCAUUCGAUGGAACCAGAGCACUGGUCUUGGCCAAGGUCAACAUGUCCAGCACUGCGCCCAUUUCCCAUGUGACCACUAUACCUGGCUGUCCCACCUCCAAGACGCUCAACGUCCAGUUCUAUUACAAGUCUUCACUCCUCUUUGUUGGCCGGACUUGCAGUCUGGUUGCAACUGCAGGUGACUCUUCCACCACCGUGCCCAUUAUACGCGCGAAUCCGUGGACCAAGGUCAAUUUCCAGAGUACUUCGACAAUCUCGAACCUUGACUUGAAGUUUGAGCUGAAGUGUACGGGCGCGUUGGGUAUUCCACUGCAAGCGCCUGUUCAUGUAGACAGUGUAACAAUCUCGUACUAG